AUGGCUCCAGCGAAGAAAAAAUACAAUGUUGAUCCGUUGAAUCUUCACGGUGCUGACAAUCCAAACCCUGUUCUAAGCGCCAUAACUCUCACCAGAGUAAACUACUUUUCCUGGACAAAGAGUAUCAAACUAUCGCUUCAAGCCAAAGUGAAACUCGGUUUUCUUGAUGGAAACUGUGUAAAACCAGAAGACGAUGAUGGAGCAACUCAAUGGAUGGUCGUAGACGCCAUGGUUCGUUCCUGGAUCUUAAACACUAUCUCAAAAGAAAUUCGAGCGAAUUUUGAAGGAACGAUUACAACACAAGAUCUAUGGCAAGAAGUCAAAGCUCACUAUGAAGGAAACAACGAACCAACACUCUAUGGACUAGCAAUAGACAUUUCUACUAUUAAUCAAGAAAUUGCUGGUAUUAAUUCGCUUCCGAAAUGUGAAUGUGAUGGCUCAAACAUAGCAAAUUGCCUUGGCUGCAGGGCAAUUAAGAAAUUUCAUCUCAUAGAUGAGAAUGCUAAACUGUUACAGUUCCUAUUAGGUUUAAAUGAAUCUUACGAAAAUGUUAAAGAUCAGAUCCUAAAUUAUGAUCCAUUUCCACCAGUUCAUAAGGCCUUUACAAUGGUUCUAAACAUUGAAAAGAAGAGGGAACUUAACAUUCUCUAUCAUAACUCUCAUGCUGCAAUGAAUGUCAUUGAGACAAAUGAAUCAAGUGAGAAAGUAUGCAGUAUGAUUAAUUCAAAACAAGCAGCAAUGGACAAGAACAAACUCCUCUGCAAACACUGCAAUAUGAAAGGUCACUUGAAAGAAGGUUGUUUCAAACUUGUUGGAUAUCCAGAUUGGUGGAUCAAGCCAAAAGACAAAAGGAGAAAUACACAACAGACACAUGCUCAUGCCCAAUCAGUAGUUCAUUGA